UCCUCACCGGAAGUGGUGUUCAGGCUUGAAAGGGUAAUGCUAAAUGCUCGUUUAAAACUACCAUCGUUUUCAAGGAUUUAUAUCUAUUAAAUUUUGUGAUUUGAAGUAUAUCUGAUUAAACUAUAUUAGAAAUGUCUCUGGAGACUGUGCCAAAGGAUCUUCGCCAUUUGAGAGCGUGUCUGCUUUGUUCUUUAGUCAAGACUAUUGAUCAGUUUGAGUACGAUGGCUGUGAUAACUGUGAAUCAUAUCUGCAGAUGAAGGGCAAUCGAGAGAUGGUUUAUGAGUGCACCAGCUCUUCUUUUGAUGGUGUUAUUGCAAUGAUGAGCCCAGAAGACAGUUGGGUGGCAAAAUGGCAAAGAAUUGGUAACUUCAAGCCAGGUGUCUAUGCAGUAACGGUAACAGGCAGGUUACCUCCAGGUGUGGUGCGAGAGCUGAAGAGCAGAGGGGUGAUCUACCGCUCCAGAGACACUGCUGUUAAAACAUGAACAUGAUUUACAUCACAGUUUAUGGAUUAAGUGUUUGUAAAAUAGUUUGACCUCAUGUUGCAUAUUGAACAUCAUUUCUCAUAUUUUUUUUUAAAAAUAAUUUCAUUUUUGUGUCUUGUCUUCUCAUAAUGUUGAAUAUUCAGCCCUUGGUUGGGUGUAGGAUAUUUGGGGGUUUGGUUAGAAAUUUGAUAAUGGAGAAAUUGUUUUGAUUAUUGGAUGUUUAAGAUCUGAAUGUGAAUAAAGUUGUUAAAAACUCAA